AGGCAAUGCUCGUGUGUCUCUCUCUCUGUCUAUUUAUGGUUGGAUUCUUUAUCUGAAACUGGGAAGCUUUUUGUGUAGCUAAUCAGUGAUCUCGAAGCUCAUUGAAUCCCUUCUUUCUUUUAUUUUCGGGAUGGCUUCAAAAUCGGGUGUUGAUAUAAUAGAAACAUCCACAAAAGUCCAUUUCUCAGGAUUUCAUCAAACGGAUGGUAUGGAUUCAACUAGACCAGAGCACAUGGCUGUCUCUGCUGAAGAAGAAGAACAUGGGCAGCCUUUUGUGAUCGGAGUUGCUGGAGGAGCAGCAUCCGGGAAAACAACUGUCUGCGACAUGAUUAUGCAGCAACUCCAUGAUCAGAGAGCCGUUGUUGAUUCUUUCUACCAUAAUGUGAAUGAAGAGGAGCUUGUAAGAGUUCAUGAUUACAAUUUUGACCAUCCUGACGCUUUCGACACGGAGCAGUUAUUGUGUUCCAUGGAGAAGUUGAGAAAGGGACAAGCAGUAGAUAUCCCCAACUAUGACUUCAAAAGUUACAAGAACAAUGUUUUUCCACCUAGAAGGGUGAAUCCUUCUGAUGUUAUAAUUCUUGAAGGGAUACUCAUUUUCCAUGACACUCGCGUGCGAGAUUUGAUGAACAUGAAGAUAUUUGUAGAUGCAGACGCUGAUGUGCGUUUAGCAAGAAGGAUCAAACGCGACACUGUUGAGAAGGCCAGAGAUAUAGCGACUGUUCUUGAUCAGUACUCCAAGUUUGUGAAGCCAGCAUUUGAGGAUUUCAUACUCCCAACAAAGAAAUACGCAGACAUAAUAAUUCCCCGUGGUGGUGAUAACCAUGUUGCUAUUGAUUUGAUUGAGCAACACAUCCGCACGAAGCUUGGUCAACACGAUCUCUGUAAAAUACAUCCAAAUCUUUACGUCAUUCAAUCUACUUUCCAGAUACGUGGGAUGCACACUCUGAUCAGAGACUCUAGAACGACAAAGCAUGACUUCAUCUUCUACUCCGACCGAUUGAUUCGUUUGGUCGUUGAGCACGGCCUCGGGCACCUUCCCUUCACAGAAAAGCAAGUGGUCACUCCCACAGGAUCUGUGUAUUCUGGUGUCGACUUCUGUAAGAGGCUGUGUAGUGUCUCGGUUAUCAGAAGUGGUGAGAGUAUGGAGAAUGCUCUUAGAGCAUGCUGCAAAGGCAUCAAGAUCGGGAAGAUUCUGAUUCAUAGAGAAGGCGACAACGGUCAACAGGUUUGUGCGUCUUUUGCCCUGUUCAUCACUUCUUUCGUAACUGCUUCUUGGCAUAUGUCUGAACAAAAUAGCAACCAGCAGCUUAUCUACGAGAAGUUACCCUCAGACAUUUCGGAAAGGCACGUGCUUUUGCUCGACCCAAUCCUCGGGACAGGAAACUCGGCGGUGCAAGCGAUAAGACUGCUCAUAAGCAAAGGCGUACCUGAAUACAACAUCAUAUUUCUCAAUCUGAUAUCUGCACCUCAAGGAGUAAAUGUGGUGUGCAAGAGGUUUCCGAGGAUAAAGAUUGUGACUUCUGAGAUAGAGCUCGGUUUAAACGACGAGUUCCGAGUUGUUCCUGGCAUGGGCGAGUUUGGAGACCGCUAUUUUGGCACGGAUGAUGAGUGCGUGAGCAUGUCUUGAAAAUUUUGCCCUUUUUGAGUUGAAUGAAAUUUUUGGGAUUCUUGAUGAUUUUUGGAUUUUAUGAUCGGAUUCACACACAUAUAUAUACACAUAUAUGUGUAUACGGGAACAAAUUGAUUGUGGACUGAAGUUUAUGAGGAAGCCUCUGUUUUUCUCGGUGCAACUUUUAUACAAAUGUUCUUCUGAGGCUAAAACUGUUAUUGAAGUUAGUUUGGAAACAGUUAAAAUGUAUUCCCUCUGCAUCGUCUGAAUGUACAUGUAGCGUAGAUGUGAAG